AUGCGGCCGCACAGGUCUAAAGUCCUGUGCAUAGUUAUGACCAGACCGGCCGGUUCAGUCCGGAAACCGCUGAAUCGGACCCAGGUCCGGUCCGAGCUCAUUGAUUUUAAAAGGGGACAGUUCACUGGUGACAAUAGUACACCGCAUAGUUCAUCUCCACUAAAGAAUCGUGCUAGAGAAAAAACAGAUAUUGCAUGGGGUCAUUGUAAAGAGAUAUUAGAAGCUAGUAAUAAUGGAAAUAAAAACAAAAAAAAACUCGUUUGCUUGUAUUGUGGAAAGACUUUUGCUGGAGGUGGUAUCAAUCGAGUCAAACAACACUUAGCAGGAAUGAAAGGUGACGUUGAUUCAUGUCGUAAAGUACCUCCGGAUGUUAGAUUCAAAAUGAAAGAAAACUUGGACGUCUUUGCUGCAAAGAAGCGUAAAACUCAAGAAAUUCUUGAUGAGUGUAACCCACAUAGUUCUUACUAUCGGGAAAAAGAAGAGCAAAUGUAUAGAGAUUUGGGUGGUGAUGAUGAUGUUCAAGAAAUCAUCCCUCCUAAUUCUAAAGGAAAGGGUAUAGUUGUUGGGAAAAAUGAAAGAAAGGAAAGGGAAAUUAAACACUUAAAGCAACAAAAUGGAAUUGGUUCUUACUUCAUGCCAAGAACAGGUCCUGGUAACCAACCAACUAUCAAAAGCGUUCUUCAGAGCAAAGAAGCCAUAGAAAAGUGUGAUCUUACUCUAUCGAAGUGGAUGAUUGAUUCAUGUAUUCCUUUCAAUGCUGUACAUUCUGUGUAUUAUCAACAAAGUAUAGAUGCCAUAGCAAGCAUGGGCCCUGGCUAUAAAGGUCCAAACUUUCACAGUCUUCGAGGUUAUUUGUUGGCUAAAAAUGUCAAGGAGGUACAGAAUUACGUUGAAAGCUAUCGUUCAACAUGGAAGGCUACAGGUUGUACAAUUAUGGCAGACGGUUGGACAGAUCAAUGUAGAAGAACUCUCAUCAAUUUUUUAGUUUAUUGUCCAAAAGGAACAAUAUUCUUAAAAUCCGUAGAUGCUUCAAAUGAAUCAAAAUCUGCUAACAUGUUGUACAAAUUAUUUCGAGAUGUUGUGUUAUUUGUAGGUUCGGAAUAUGUGGUCCAUAUGGUGACAGACAACGCUGCAAAUUAUGUUGCCGCUGGUAGGUUAUUGGAACAAGAGUUUCAAACAUUAUUUUGGUCCCCAUGUGCUGCUCAUUGCAUUAAUCUAAUGUUUCAUGAUAUUGGUAAGUUUGAUGAAGUUAGUAAUAUCGUAUCUCAGGCAUCAAAAAUCACAAAAUACAUAUACAAUCAUUGCUACCCAUUGCAUUUGAUGAGAAAGUUUACUGGAGGAAAAGAAAUACUUCGACCUGCUCCUACUCGUUUUGCCACCAAUUUUAUUGCUUUACAAAGCAUUUUGAUCCAAAAGGAUCCAUUAAGAGCAAUGGUAACAUCUAGAGAGUGGACAUUAUCAGCAUAUGCAAAAGAAAGUAAAGGAAAAAGAUUCGUUGAUGAUGUACUUGAUCCAGUAUUUUGGAAAGAGUGUGCUACUAUUGUGCAACUUACUGAGCCCCUUGUUCGUGUUCUACGCAUUGUUGAUAGUGAUGAAAAGCCUUCAAUGGGAUACUUGUAUGAAGCUAUUCAUGUGGCAAAAAGUGAGAUGGAACGCAGAUUUCAAAGAAGGAAAAAUAGAAUUGCUCCUUAUUUACAAAUUAUUCAGAACCGAUGGGAUAGUCAAUUGCGUAAGAAUCUUCAUGCUGCUGGAUAUUGGUUAAAUCCUUCUUUUCAAUAUGAUAAUCUUGAUAUGGAAAAUCAUAAACAAACUAUUUCGGGACUUUUAGAUGUAAUUGAGAGAUACGCUUACGAUCAACCCGAUUUAAGAAGUAAAUUGACGGGUGAAAUGAGACUAUUUAGGCAAGCACAAGGUGAUUUUGGACGUUUAUCUGCUGUAGCUGAUCGCCAUAAAAUGGCUCCUGAGGAAGAGCCACCAACUUUGGUAGAAGAUGAGUUGGAGGUAUUUCGUCGUGAAUUGGGUGAAUAUGAAUUACAUUUUGAUGAUCUUGAUCUUGAUGAUUGUGAAAAUUUUGGCAACGGCAAUGAAAAUACAAGUGAUACAAACAAUGGAAACGAGGAUUUUAGCAUGACAGAGACUCCGUCAUUUAUACAAGGCGAAGGAAUUGAAGAAUUUAUGUCCGAGAUCCCAGCAUGGAUGCGCUCCAACUCUUCUUAA